AUGCGCGAUCUGAUUCGAACAGUGAGAAAAAUAUUCUACGUGGUGCUCGGCAUCAUUGGCUUUCCUGUCAAUAUAGUGACAGUUGGAAUUCUACUUCGGGGUAACUGUGGUCUCUCAUCCUGCAGCAGACGCUAUCUGCUAGCCAUGGCAAUGGUGGAUCUAUUCGUCGUUAUCAUUGAGAUCAUACUCAAACGAAUCAAACAUGACUUUUUUCCACCAUCAUUCUUGGACAUUACCCCUGUGUGUCGUGUUCACUAUGCUCUGUGCCGUCUACUCAUAGACUGUUCUGUCUGGUUCACCAUCGCUUUCACCUUCGAUCGAUAUGUCACCAUUUGUUGUGAGAAACUAAAAACCAAAUACUGCACUCAAAAAACCGCAACUAUCGUUCUCGCAACAAUCAGCUGGCUGAUUUUUCUAAAAAAUAUUCCUACCUACUUCAGGUUUGAACCUUAUGAGAUCAUUGACAAUGUACCAUGGUACUGCAUGAAUUCAGAUGCAUACUAUUAUGACCCUGUGUGGAGAGGUUUUAACGACUUUGAAAAGAUUCUAACACCAAUAUUCCCUUUCGGUUUAAUACUGUUCCUCAACGCCCUGACUGUCAAACACAUUUUAGUGGCCAGUCAAGUCCGGAAAGUUCUGAAGGGUCAGACUAAGGGAGAAAAUUCCAGUGACCCAGAGAUGGAGAGUAGAAGGCAGUGUAUAAUUUUACUUUUCAUCAUUUCUGGAAACUUCAUAUUAUUGUGGCUGUUGUACAUUUUAUGUUAUUUUGGUAUUGACGCCCCUUUAGAUCGUGAUGGGGAAUAUACAUUCGAAAGAGUUGCAUACAUGCUGCGAAAUUUGAAUUGCUGUACGAACACCAUUUUCUAUGUGUUAUAUUUGUCCAAGUUCAGAGAGAAGCUCAAGAACCCACUGGAAGCUAUUUUUGCUUGA